AUGAAUGUCAAUAAUAUGGAUAGACAAGAUAAUGUUUUAAUUUCAAUUCAAGAACCAUUGAAAAAGAAAAAAUGUCAUGGCAAUCGAAGAAAUCAACGUUUUCGAAAGAAAUGUCUUGCUGAAAAAAUGAAACCGGCGAAAAUAGAAAAAUUAAUCAAGAAAAGAGAUCGGAUUUAUAAGAAAAAUAAGACGAACAAAUUAAAUAAAGAAUCAACAAAAUUAAAAAGUGAUUUAGUACCAGCAGCAAAAAAUUGUCAAUCACAACCAAUAUUUAAAACAACAACAUGUUUUAAUAAACGUAAACGAGAUACAUCAUCCCAACAAAUAUCAUCAAUAAUCACAAAUCAAACAAUACCUAAAUCAACAAGUUCAAUAUCUAUUUUACAAUCAUCAUCAAAAAAACUGAAGAAUAUAUCAGAAACAAUAAAUAAUAAUACAAGAAUCAAUGAAAAUAAUAACGAAAUAAAUAAACAAAUAAAUUAUCAACAACCAAUGUAUUUAACACGAUCAUCACAUUUACUCUAUCAGAUAUUAAAUAAAACUUUAAAUUAUUCAUUGAAGAAUAAAGAUGAAAAAGAAUUUAUCUUUCAACGACUACAAUUAUUAGAUCAACAAUUUUAUUUAGAAAUGGAUCGACAAUUAUGGCAAUCUUAUUUAGAUCUUAGUUUACAAGAAAAUUUAUGGCCGGUAAAUUUAUUUUAUUUUAUAUAAUUUAUUAAAAACACUCUUAUAUAUUUUUUUAUUUAUAUUAA